AUGGCGGGCAUCCCAGGACUUGAUCGACGUGCUAUGGAGGCUGAACGUCUGGCAAGGAUGGAAGCAAAACAGCCAAAGACUUCCGAACAAGUGCCUUCAACAAUGCCGCCAAUGUCUGCCAAAAGACAAAGAUCCAUAUCUCCGCCAGCAACAUCACGUCCAGUCAAGAAAAUCAAAGAACGAGAGAACACAUCAGAUCUGCUCCAUUACCCAAGAGGGGCUGUCAAGAAAACAUGGGCUUUUGGCCACACUCGAAGCGCCAACGACAUCAAGAUUGAGGAAGUGCUCGAGAAGUCCACCCUGCGCACAGCCCUAUUCUCGGCCUUCCAAUGGGACACAAACUGGAUCAUGGCAAAACUCAAUCUCCACCAGACCAAAGUUAUUAUGGUCAUGCAAGCAGACAAUGAAGCCGUGAAGCAGCAAUACCGCCGAGAGACUGAGUAUCUGGGUAAGAUCCUCCGACUGGUAUUCCCGUCCAUGGAAGGCAAUGUCAAUUGCAUGCAUUCUAAGCUCAUGCUGUUAUUUCAUCCACACAAGCUGAGGGUCGUGAUUCCCACGGCAAACAUGACCGACUAUGAUUGGGGUGAGCAAGGUACCAUGGAGAACUCUGUCUUUCUGAUCGAUCUUCCUCGACUUGAACAGACAACCAUGGAUGACGCGAAUGCAUUGCCUCAAUUUGGGCGCGAGUUGCACUUCUUUCUGCAAAAGAUGGGCUGUGAAGACGAUAUUCUCAAAGGCGUUUUGAACUUCGACUUCAGCAAUACUGAACAUCUUGCCUUUGUGCAUUCAAUCGGAGCCUCCGCUCACUAUGGUGAGGAUAUGGAACGAACCGGCUAUGUCGGCUUGAGCAAAGCAGUUCGAGAGCUCAACCACUCCUCGGAGUGUUCCUUGUCCUCUACAUCGAACCUCAACAUUGACUACGUAGCCUCAUCAAUCGGGUCCCUCAAUGACGCCUUCCUCGCAAUCAUCCACAACGCAGCUCGAGGCGAAAAUGCAACAGCCACACCCAAAUCCCUUAGCGGAUCUGCACCAAAGCCCUUCCAGAAUACCAUCUCGACCACCAACAUCCGAGAUCUCUUCCGCAUGUACUACCCCUUGCACUCCACAGUAACAUCUAGCAAAGCCGGUAGCGCCGGAACAAUCUGUCUCAAAUCGGACUGGUGGAGUGGUGCCCCCUUCCCUCGCGAAUGUUUCCGGGAUUACCGCUCCAAGCGCUCUGGAAUUCUUUCUCAUAACAAAAUCCUUUAUGCCAGAGGUGUCAAUGACAAAGGACAACAAAUCGCAUGGCAAUAUGUGGGAAGUGCGAACUUGAGCGAAAGUGCUUGGGGUAAGCUGAGCUGGGAUAAGAAGAGGAAAGAGUGGAAGCUUGGAUGCAGGAAUUGGGAGUGUGGUGUCAUCAUGCCUGUGAGCAUUGGGGAUACGGAAGUUAAACAGAAGACGAAGGCAGAAGUACCUAGCAUGGAGGUCUUCGGAGUUGAGAACAUCCCAUUCGAGUAUCCGGGCGCUGGGUAUGAUGGAAAGGAUCCAUGGUUUACCAACUUUACAUAG